AUGGAUCACAGCUUGCACCACGGUCAUGCGCCAUCCUCGGACGGGUCCAAUCUGGCCGCCUCUGUGGAUGCUUUCUUAAGCUCUUUGGAUGAGUCUACUCAAGCCGCUCAUGAUCAUCAUGCUCAUCACCAAGGAAUGGAUCACAGUGCACAUGCUGGGCAUAUGAUGAAGAUGUGGUUUCACGGCGGUUGUGAAGAAGUAAUAUUAUUCGAUUUCUGGAGAACCGAGUCUUGCAUGGGAAUAUUUUGGUCAUGCAUAGCCAUUUUCAUUAUGGGGGCUGCAUAUGAAGGUUUGAAAUGGUUCCGUGUCUACAUGCAACUGAAACAAGCAGCUAACGGGAAAAUACAAAAAGAACCUGCUGUACAACUAUCGGAAAUUGAAAAAGCCCCAUUGCAACAUAAACAUUGCUCUCAAGAAGAUGUCUACAAUCCAACCACGACACCACCUAGCAGAAGAGUGACACUGAGCAGAUCCAGCCCAUUCUGUUCUUCUGGAGCUUUCUCUGUAGAUCGUAUCUUAGAAGCAGUCCUGUAUAUUACUCAGCUUGUACUUGCCUACUGGUUAAUGCUUAUCGUUAUGACUUACAAUACAUACUUAACUGCUGCUGUUAUAUUGGGAGCCGGCUUUGGUCAUUGGCUGUUCGCAGUACUUAAACUGAACAGUCCGUUAGGAGAGACAGCAGACUCGUUUGCAACUGACGCAUGUCAUUAG